AUGUUGGCACGACGCGCCAUAACAGUUCGAAAUAUCUCUGCUAAGUGCUCUCGAUGUUUAUCUAGUAACCUCGCUACGUAUCACUUCGCAGAACCGUGCAAACCUGCCACAUCUCACGUACUGCCUGCUCAAGCUCCGAGGUUUUCGAGUCUACAGUCCACGAAUGGUUCUAGCGCGAGACACCCUAAUCAUGACUUCCCACAUAAUAAUCUAGUCUUAUCUAAUGCCCAGAGAAGAACCAUAUAUGCUCUCUCAACUCCUCCAGGAAAAGCCGGUGUCGCAGUCAUACGCAUCUCAGGCCCAGAUGCCUUGCAAGUGUGGCACUGCAUGGUCCGAACUAGCUCACGAGCUCGUCGGGCUGAGCACCAGAAAUAUCAUCCUACUGAGCGAGUCUCAAAUAUAAUCGAUUCCGAUCCCCACUUGCCUAUACCAUGGAAGCUUGAACGAUGCCACAUCGUUGACUCUGAGAGCGGUGAACUUCUCGAUGACGGCCUAGUUGUGUUUUUCCGCGGACCUAAGUCUUUCACUACAGAAGACGUCCUUGAAUUACACAUACACUCCGGCCGUGCCAUCAUCUCUUCGAUUCUUUCCUCUCUCUCGCACAUAUCUCUCCUCCGCCCAGCCCAACCCGGAGAGUUCACCCGUCGCGCUUUCGAAGGCGGAAGACUCGAUCUGACGCAGGUAGAGGGCCUCAAAGACCUUAUCGAUGCAGAGACCGAGGUUCAGCGGAAGACAGCACUAGGAGUUGCGGGGGGAUCUGCAAAGGUCGUAUUUGACGGACUCAGAAAGGAAAUCAUCAAGUGUCUUGCACUGGUCGAAGCUCUCAUCGAUUUCGGCGAGGGAGAGGAUAUCGAGGAUGGUGUCUAUCUGCAAGCCAGGUCGUUAGGUCAAACACUCAGAGACAAGAUCCAGCGUAUUAUCUCUGAUAAUCGACGUGGGGAAAUCCUCAGAUCUGGCAUCCGCCUUGCUAUCUUUGGUCCUCCUAACGCAGGAAAAUCAUCACUGCUCAACUUCUUGGCUCAGCGAGAGGCGGCGAUUGUCACUCACAUACCGGGGACAACUCGCGAUGUGCUCGAGUUAUCACUCGACAUCGGAGGUCUGCCUGUUAUCGUUGCAGAUACAGCCGGCAUGCGAAAGACGGAAGACAUCGUCGAAGCUAUCGGAGUAAAGAGAGCUGAGGAGACGCUUCAAACUUCCGAUAUCUCCAUCCUUGUGCUCUCCCUUCCUGACGCUCUAUCGCCUUCAUCUGCGCAUCAGUCUUCUGAUGAGAUUCGCGUCACCAUUCCAUCAGCACUUCGACACCUCAUAACACCGCAGACUUUCAUCUUGCUGAACAAAGCCGAUCUCCUACCCUUAGAGUCCGCACCAUUACCAUCUGCACCUCAACAAUCACCAACAUUCAAAUCAUCGGCACCUCGAAUUAUGAUAGACGGUUGGGAACAAAAUACGGUCUGGUCUGUCAGCCUUACAUCGGCACUUGGUACACAGGAGUUUAUGGACGGAUUCGCUCAUGCUCUCAGACAACGGUUCGAAUUCUUGCCUUCCAAUGCCACUGGAAUGACUGAUUUGCCCGUGAGCACGCAUCCGCGACACAAAGCCCACCUCGAAGACGCUCUCAGAUUCCUAGACGCUUUUCUCAACACGCCGCCGGAGAUGCAGGACGUCGUACUUGCGGCAGAAGAAUUGCGGUACGCUGCCGACGCGGUGGGCAAGAUCUCCGGGGUGAUUGGAGUGGAAGACGUAUUGGACGUAGUGUUUAGAGAUUUCUGUAUUGGGAAGUGA